CUGCCCCAUCUCCAGGCUGGAAGCGCAGGGGUUAAGCGGCUGCUGAGCUGGUGGUAGGGCAGGAGCAUCUGCUGCACUGAAGGCUGCUCCUCCUGCUGCUGAGCCCGUGAUAGGAUUGUGUCCCCUCUGACAACCGGCAGCAGCAGCCCCGACAUGGCAACCAGGAUCGACAAGGAGUCGUGCAGAGAAGCUUACAAUCUGGUCAGAGAUGACACCAGUGGCAUCAGCUGGGUCACAUUCAGAUAUGAUGGAUCCGUGAUCGUUCCUGGGGAACAGGGGUCCAGCUAUGGAGAGUUUGUGAACACCUGCGCAGAUGAUAUUCGCCAGUACGCCUACGUCAGAUUCACCACUGGAGAUGCCUUGAGCAAGAGGGUGAAGUUCGCCUUAAUCACCUGGAUCGGCGAGAACGUCGGCGGACUGCAGAGAGCCAAGAUCGGCACCGACAAGACCCUGGUGAAAGAUGUGGUCCAGACUUUUGCCAAAGAGCUGGUGAUCACCGAGCACAAGGACCUGGAUGAAGACUACAUUCGAGGGGAGUUGAAGAAGGCCGGAGGUGCCAACUACGAUGCCCAGACAGAAUAAAGGGCGACCCCCCCCCCCCCCACCGGCCGCUCACACCGAGAAUCGUCUCUGAUAAGAACUGGUUAUUUCUCUGCAUAAACCUCUCCCCAGGACUCCACCUCUGCCCCCACCAGUAAUGAUGUCAUCGCGCCCUCCAUGCUGGCUGAUCUAUAGGCAUGCGCCAUUUUCGCUCUGUCACAGCAAAGAUCAUUGCGCCACUUCCUUCAUGAUGUUGUACAGAUUUCUUUACCCCGCAGAACCCAACCCCCCAGCGUUAUCGACCAUGUCUUAGAUCUUUUCUGACUGUCAGCCAUUACUAUACAGCGCACAACACCGUCCCAUAAUAAUCCGACAACUCCAGCCACAGGGGAAUUCUCCUACCGUCCCAUAGGGGGCAGUUGUAGCAGGUUGUCACCACUCUUCCCUGCGUCGUGCCCUGAUGAUGGGAGGGACGCAGAGGAUAUAAAGGGGUUGAGAUCUCUGCACUGUGAAGUUUAGGAACGAUCCUUAUAGCUGUCAUGUCACUAUCGGAGGCUGAAGUGGUCCUUUAAGCCAUUUUUAUUUGGGGUUGGGGGGUACAUUUUUUACCUCUACUAAACAUUCCAUCAAUCACCGCUGAGCUACACCAGACCCUGUCCUGUGCGGCCGGCCCCUGGUUCCCGUAAUCCGAGGGGCGCGUUAUCACCUAGCGAACAUCUCAUUACCCGAGUCGUUCACAGCGUUCCCGGGCCCUAAUUUCCUUUUUAUAGAUGAUAGGAGUUUUGCUUUUGAAAUGAGCUGAAUCCGCUGCUCCGGGUGGGCGCCGCUUAUCACACACAAAAGACGAUUCAUCCCGAAUGUUUCUCAUUUUUUAUUUCCGGCCCCAGAAUGUGAAUUAUCUGGAUACAGAAACCUUGUGAACUGGAAGGGAGACGCACCCACUGCUCAGAAAAACCACUGGAAAAAUAAAACUGGUUGUUUUUUUUU